AUGGACCCUAAUAAUCACCCACUUCAUUAUGCACAUCUCAAAACAGCAGUGGAAACGCUGAUUACGGCAGUCCACAGCUUCCAACAAAAGAACCCCGAUAAAGAAAUACGGAUCGCAAUUAUUGGCGGACUUGCUGUCCGUCAUUAUAUUGGCGCUACUCGCGAGACCAUGGACGCGGAUGUCCUCAUUACGGGCGUCGACACAACCGAGUGCAUCAAGCGGUCGUUGCAGAGCCAGGUAAUCUUUCCCUGUGCUGGGGACGAAAUCCAAGUCGCUGUUCGGGGGACCUUUAAGAAGGUCGACUUAAUCCCUGAAAGGGUCCUCCGUCCUUUUCCGACUACGCCCACCGAAUUUGUACCUACGUCGGCCGUGCCCAUCCAAAGUCUAGUUCAACCUGGACACAUUCCGUAUCUUGACGAAGUCGAACUGCUUCUUACCAAGAUCCUGAGUUGCUUGGCCAGAUCAUGCCCACGAAAACGUCGCGUCGAUGCAAGGGAUAUAGAUGAUCUCGCCAGGCACUUGACGCCAACUGGGACCAUGACGGUGACUUUGACACCCAUUCAAACCCAGGUUAUGGUUUCUGGCCUCCCUGAGUUCGUACAAUACUCCGCGUUCAGUCUGCUGUGGUGGAGGCAGACUUUCAGUCUACCUUAAGGGGUUUCCAAUUCAUCCACUUCUUCCGGGAUGCGUGUAUCAUCACUGAAGGGACUGAAUUU